AAAGCUCCGCGUGCCAACCUGCCUCAGUACGAUGUAGCUUUAGGGAAUUGUUAGCUUUUAACCGUUAGUGCUUGAAAUUGAAGCGUAUUUACAAUCAGACUCCUGUAGUGAACGUUAACAAACAGGAAACGGUUCCCAAGUGAUACAAGCUUGGAAAAAACAAACAAACAAACAAACAAAAAUAAUCAUUGUUUUGUUUGGAAACCACCCCGUCUGUUUGUCCUCGUGCUCUGUUUAUGUGUUCACGCGCUGAUAGGUUCUACAAUGCGUCCUGCGCUCGUGCGUCGUCUUCGGCGGCUGGUUAAACCCUGGGAUGGUUUUUGAGGACACAGAGAUGUCUGUAUCUUGAUCAAAACGCAGAUUUGUGUGCGGAAUUUCUCGGGACUCUGUGGAUUGUUUGUUUCUCUUAUAGUUUUUAGAGGGGGAAAUGCCUGGACGGAACAGGUACAACCUGGUGGACGACGCUGCGGAUUCGCGCGUGCCGCUUCACAACGACGAGGCGUUUCAGCACGGCAUUCAUUUCCAAGCCAAGUAUAUUGGUAGUCUGGAUGUUUCAAGACCUAACAGUCGUGUGGAGAUCGUCGCUGCCAUGCGGAGAAUCAGAUACGAGUUCAAGGCGAAGAACAUUAAGAAGAAGAAAGUGAACUUGGUGGUCUCAGUGGACGGAGUAAAAGUGAUACUUCGCAAGAAGCAGAAGAGGAAAGAGUGGACUUGGGAUGAAAGUAAAAUGCUGGUGAUGCACGACCCAGUGUAUAGGAUUUUCUAUGUGUCCCAUGACUCUCAGGAUUUAAAGAUUUUUAGCUAUAUUGCCAGAGAUGGGUCCAGCAACAGCUUCAGAUGCAACGUCUUCAAAUCCAAAAAGAAGAGUCAGGCAAUGCGUAUAGUGAGGACAGUAGGCCAGGCCUUCGAGGUGUGCCAUAAGCUGAGUCUGCAGUCUGCUGAUGGACAGAUGGACGGACAGAUGGACAGACUCGCACUUGAAGAGAGUGGAAAAUCUGAGGAGGAAACACCUAGUGAAGGCCAAGAGUUGACCGGAGCUGAGCGCAUCAGUUGUAUAGAAAUGGAGAUGAAGCCUCUGCCAGCCAGUGUUUGUGAACAAGCCAUUAAUGACGUCCUUCAGAGCCUCUCAGAGCUGAACAUGGUGAAGCCAGGAAAAACUCUCCAGGAACUAGAGGAGAUGCCUCUUCAUCCUCUGUCUCCCAGCAGCCCUCGCUCUCUGUCUCGCACACCACUGGCUGACCAGCACCAUCUCCAGUUAUUACAGCAGCAGGUACUACAGCAGCAACAGCAAGCUCAAGUCGCAGUGGCACAGGUGCAACUGCUGAAGGAUCAGAUAGCAGCAGAGACGGCUGCCAGGAUGGAGGCUCAGGCCAGGAGCCACCAGCUGCUGCUGCAGAACCGAGACCUGCUACAGCACAUAGCGCUGCUGGUCCAACAUGUCAGUGAGCUGGAGGCCAAGGUCAAUGGCCAUGCAAAGAAUGAAGACUGGCGAAGCUCAUCAUCCUGUUCUCUCUCUCUUAACCUGAAAAACCACUACAGUUCAGACCAGCCUAUCACCUCAACGCCAGCAGGAGAGCUCCAAUCACCACCCUAUACCAUGGCCUACGCUGAGUCCUACCUCAGCCUGCUCAGAACAGGAACGUCUCGUACCGUCACGGCAAACGGAGAGCCAUCAAACACCGGACACAAGCAGAGAACGGGCAGUACGAGCAGCGACUUCACCCAGCUUAAUUCAGCAGCAGUGGAUCAGCGGUUUAAAGAAAUCAUUCCAAAGCUGGACCCGCCCCCUCCUCCGGUCAGCCGAAAGCGCCCAAACAGAACAGGAUCAGAAACAGCAGCAAGUCUGGCCUUCAGAUCAUCCUUCCCUGACAUCACACCGUGUUUUGUUUCUCCGGGAGAGUUCGGCAACGAUCUCAGCACCUCCUGUUCGGCAAGCGAGGAUUCCGGCAUGCGCUCUGACAUCAAGCCAUCCGGAGAGGAUCUGUUUGACCGCAACUCCGCCCUGCUUUCUACAUCCAGCACCUGCAGCAGUUUACCAGAUGACCACCCCCUGGCUGGAACUCCGCCCCGGCCAGCCACGCCCAACAGCUACGAAUGCACACUUCCGUUUUCAUCACCCCUUAACAAAACCUGCCUUCACAUCAGUCUGAGCGAUGAUGAGCUUCUGGAGGAAGGGAUCUUUACCACAGAAAGUCCAAUUAGUAACUCGCUUAGCAGUUAGCAUUAAGGGUAACUACCUCGAAACCAACGAGGGUUUACGACUGGACGAAAUAUAGCUACUUAAGUCGUACUUUCUACUGCAGCAAAAGAAAAACAUUAAGUGACAACGGAGAUGACAACAUCUAUAAGACGUUUAGAGGCAUUUCACAGCUAUUAUGCAUUAGUUUUGUGUCUCUAUAUUUUAGUGUAAUCAUGACUGCUGUGAUUGUGCUGUAGUUUAAUGGCAAAACCUUUGCCAUUGUUUUUUUCUUCCCUGUCUGGAGUUUCCCAUGGUCUCCCAAUUCCCAUUUUCUCUGGGUUCUACAGUUUUCCUUCUAAGGUGGUUUGCCAAACUUGGCCCCUUGGUUUGAAUGUCUGUACAAUGUGUCCUGUAAUGCACUGGCAUCCUAUCAUGGCACCCAAUGUUAAUGGAACAUGUUUUGGACCACAACUCAGGAUAAAGCGGUUACAGGAGAUGGAUGAAUGGAUAGAUGGGCCGAAGGAUGGAUGGAUGAAUGGGUGGGUGUGUGGAUUGCUUAAAGGAUAGAUGCAUGGAUGGGUGGAUUGAUUAAAGAAUAGGUGCAGAAAUGAAUGGAUGGAUUUAUUAAGAACUUAUUUUUUAAGGGUCAUAUUUAGAGUUCAUUGAAUAAUUUGAACAUUUGCAGACUGAAGUUAAAGACUGAAAUCUUGAUCACAAGUCAUGCAUGUUGGGUGGACUUUACCUACAACUGAAGAUUCUUCAUGGCAAAGAAAAAAAAUCAAGCGUGUAACUCUCACCUGAUCUUUCUUCAAAUAACAUUCUUCACAUAAAUAUUGGACUUAAUACAGCUCUAAAUACAUCUUGCUAUCUGCAACAUCUUUAAACACUGUUCAUGUGCAAAUGUGAUGGAAAUUUAUUUACACUGGACUGCUGUGUAUAAUAGAAAUAUUUUUUUUUUUAGAAAAAUGAUUGUGUUAACUUAGAACCUAGAAAGGAAAAGGUAUCGAAAUGUGUUAGAAAAAAGACUUCUUUUUUUUUUUUAGCCGCUACAUUUUAUUGUAUGAGUUUAUACAUCUAGUCCAUGGACUACUGUUUGUCAGAAUAGAAGUGAAAAUGAAAUAUUAAUGAAAUGCACUUGAAGGUUAAAGAGAAGAUGGGAUAAAUAGCCAGAGAACAUAAUAUUUAAAAAAAUAUAUAAUAUGUAAAAAAAAAUACAAAAAACACACAUUUUGAUGAUGUGCAGAGAAUGACAGUGAAAUGGAAGUAGAGUGAGUUGAAUCCAGAAAUUAUAAUCAGAGCAAAUCACUGCUCAUUGAGUUUGGAUUAAGGAGCGGAACGUUUGAGAUCCAAAUGAACAAAGCAUAAUUGAACUUCUGAAUCAUGUUUGUAACGCUGCCAUGGUGUUAUCGUGAAAGCCUACAAAAUCCUUAUCACUUCCUGAAGGAGACUGGCAGUGAUAAACAGACUUAGCAGUGAAUUGACUCAAAGGAAACGAGGCCAAAGUAAAUCAAUUUUCCUUCUCUGUGGAUUUCCUAGUCAUGUUUCCGAUACAGAUAUCAUCAUGGUGAACUAAGAACACAUCCGGUUCUGACUCUGUUUGUUCCUAGUCCAAUAGCAGUGAUGACACUGAGGUAGGUUUAAAAUGAACCCGACAAACCUGACAGACUUUUGAGACACAAAACUGUGAAAUGUUCUUGAAGACAUUAAUAAGAGCAAUAAGAGAUCUAUCAAGAAAAAUGGUUAGCUUUGUGUACUAGCGAAAGAAAUAAGAAAAUGAAAGAAUGAUUAAUGAAAGAAGGGAUUAAUAGAGGGGAAGAUGGUGUGCGCAGGGGUGAUGAUCUGCAGCCAUGAGUAGGAGGAAGUACUGUAGGUGGAAAAGACAUGGAAGUAGGGAGUGAAUUUGCAGGAUCACUGUGGAAGCAGGUAGUUAAACCUACAGAGAAAUAAAAGAAUAAAUAAACAAAAUCCAUCUUAAAACAUA